UAUUUAGAGGGCGGGGCGCUCCAGUGUCCGGGCGAGGGAAGUUCUCGCGGGACCUCGUUUGCUAUAAAUAGCCAGCUGCGCGAGGCGGUGGCCUUCUAGUCUGAGAGAACACCAAAUGGCGGACGACGCCGGUGCUGCUCCCGCAGGAGGUGCGGGAGCUGCAGGAGGAGCUGCAAGAGGGGGUUUCCGAGGUGGCUUUGGCAGUGGUCUCCGAGGCCGUGGUCGGGGUCGUGGCAGGGGUCGUGGAAGAGGGCGUGGGGCCCGUGGCAAAGCUGAAGACAAAGAAUGGAUUCCUGUCACCAAACUUGGUCGCCUAGUCAAGGAUAUGAAAAUCAAGUCUCUUGAAGAGAUUUAUCUUUUCUCCCUUCCAAUCAAGGAAUCAGAAAUCAUCGACUUCUUUCUGUUAUCUUCCCUGAAGGAUGAGGUUCUGAAGAUCAUGCCUGUCCAGAAACAGACUCGUGCUGGUCAGCGUACCAGGUUCAAGGCUUUUGUAGCUAUUGGUGACUACAAUGGUCAUGUCGGCCUUGGUGUAAAAUGCUCCAAAGAAGUCGCCACUGCUAUUCGUGGAGCAAUCAUCUUGGCUAAACUAUCCAUUGUACCAGUACGACGAGGCUACUGGGGUAACAAGAUUGGCAAGCCUCAUACUGUACCUUGCAAGGUUACUGGUCGUUGUGGGUCUGUUUUGGUGCGUCUGAUCCCAGCACCCCGUGGUACAGGAAUUGUAUCUGCCCCUGUUCCAAAGAAACUGCUGAUGAUGGCUGGAAUUGAUGACUGCUAUACUUCAGCUAGGGGUUGUACUGCUACACUGGGCAACUUUGCUAAAGCCACCUUUGAUGCGAUCUCCAAGACCUACAGUUAUCUGACCCCUGACCUCUGGAAGGAGACUGUAUUCAGCAAGUCUCCUUAUCAGGUAAGAAUUAAAUCAGUGCAUAUGACUUCAAUAGGAGUGGAAUUCCUUAAGAUUUUUAUUGCAGUUAAUAAAGUGAGGAUGUAGUUUCAUAUAGAAUCAUAGAAAUGUAGUCCUGGAAGAGACUUUGAGAAGUCAUCGAGUUCAGCCCCUGUGCUGAGGCAGGUACACCUAAACCAAGUACACCUAAACAAUUCUUGACAGGUUUUGUCUAACCUGUUCUUAAACCUUCAGUGAUUGGGAUUCCAGUCCAUAACUACCCUUAUUAGUUAUUUUUCCUAGUAUCUAAACUAAAUUUUCCUUGAUGCAUAUUAAGCCCAUUACUACUUGUCCUAUCUUCAGAGAACUAAGAACAGCCAUCACUGACCUCUUUAUAAAAGCCCAUAAUACAUCUGAAGACUUAUCAGGCCCCACCCAGUCUUAUUUUCAAGGUUAAAUAUCCCUAGUUUUUAACAUUUUUGUCAUUUUUGUUGCUCUCCUCUGGGCUCUCCAAGUUGGUCAUUGGUAUCUCCUGGAUGCCAAGCUAGCUAGAGAAUAAUGUGGGGGGGGAGCUUAAAAUUAAAUUUGUAAAAACUGUCUCUAGUUUAAAAUGGAUCUGCUCUACAGUGAGGCCUGCAACAUCAUUUGGUUCAAGGCAGUGAAAUGUCUUAUUCUUUUGCAGGAAUUCACUGAUCAUCUGGCUAAGACCCACACCAGAGUCUCAGUGCAGAGAACCCAGGCAGCUGCUGUGG